UAAAAAUUCGUGUUUCUCUAGCAUAAGAAAGCUAUUCUUUUGCCGAAGAUGUCUGACGAAAAUUUUGGAAGUGAGUUUUCUAGUGGCCAAUAUCCACAAAUUCCCAAAGAUGUCUUACAAGAUUUGUGCAGCCGAUUCUUGAUCAACAUUCCCGAGAAUGAAAAAAAUGACAUGGUUCGUAUUUGUUUUCAAAUUGAACUGGCUCAUUGGUAUUAUAUUGAUUUCUGUCGUCAAGACAACACAGAGUUACCUGUUUGUGGAAUGAAAGCGUUUAUGUCAAUAAUAUUUACUGAAUUUCAGUUUUUGAACAAAAGCAAACAAUCCGUACAAACAAUCUUCGAUAAUUGGAAGAAGUACAAAGUGCGUGUUCCUGUGUUUGGAGCCAUCUUACUUGACGAAUCUUUAGAAAAGUGCUUACUGGUUCAAGGGUUCCACAGUAAAACCAGUUGGGGAUUUCCCAAAGGUAAAAUCAACAAAGACGAGGGUGAUUUAGAUUGUGCAAUUAGAGAGGUGUACGAGGAAGUAGGAUAUGAUAUUACACCUUUGGCGCAUUCCAAUCAAUUUCUAGAAAAUAAUAUACAUGAUCACCAGGUCCGGCUGUACAUCGUUGCUGGUGUAGACGAGUUCUACAAUUUCAAGCCGAAUACAAGAGGUGAAAUUAAGGCUAUCCGUUGGUUCAACGUGUCUCACUUACCCACACAUAAAAAAGAUAUGACACCCAAAGAUGAAAUUGGAUUGAAUGCAAACAACUUCUUCAUGAUUCAUACAUUUAUCAAACCACUACGCAAAUGGAUAUCUGACAAGAAGAAAAGUAUGUCAAGUCUGUCAAUGAGUUCUUCGCUUAGCAUGCUGUAUCAACAUACAUCGCAACACUAUUAUCAGGCUAAAGAUGGUAGCCCAAGAAGUGAUGAACAUAAAGAAUUGAUUAAACAAAGAAAAUUGAGAGAAGCAGAAGAGUACAAAAAUAUGCAUGUUAUGAUGAAUCCCUUACUUUCUCAGAGAAGUAAUGAGGAAAUGCUAAAGGGUAUGCUUGGCAUGGCUUCUACUCAGUCACAACCCGAAGCCAUCCAGAGAUUACUGACAGGUACAGUUAACAUGUCUCCAGUAGCAACUCCCGAAAAGCGUUCCAAAACGAAUUUUUCACCUAUGUCUUCUAAAGGACAGGCCUAUAGCGCUCAUCAUGCCAGCCCAAGCGAGUUUGCUUCACCUCGCUCCAACAAAGAACAUCGUAAAGACAAUGACGAGCAUAGUAGAUAUCACAAAAAAGACCAAAAUAGACAUUCACGUUCAGCGGCAGAAUCAUAUGCACAAAAAGCUAGUCGGAAUACAGGCUACCAAAAAGAUUCUCUGUCGAGAAGCCAACAAAAUGUAUAUACAUAUCACUCGCCAAAAAACUCGCCAGCGAGUACUCCUUCUCGAAAAUUGCUGUAUUCUACAGAACAAAAUACAGGUGGUAAAAACCGAAGCAACACGAAAACCAAUAUAAAAACUAAACCCGGUGGGCUGAGUGACUUUCGUUUCGAUUCGUCAGCGUUUUUAAAUUUUAAAUUUAACUAUGACGAGAUUUUAGCGUCGUUGACGUAGCCAUACUUAAUUUGUCACGACGUUUAGUGUAGCUUUGUCUGACAUUGUCUGUUUGUUUAUUGUCGGACGUCGUGACGGAUUUUGGUCGUCAUCUGUGUAUGUGACUUUCUAAACAGUAGCUUAGUUUUUGCUUCUUGGUUUUAUUUUGUUUUAUACUUUAUUUUAUAAUUUUCUUGUUUAUUUCUAACAUUCGUGCAGCUUUACUUUAUUGUACGUGUUCCUUAUGUAAUAGUAUAAUGUCGCCAAAUAUGCUUCGAACGGCUGCUUUCAUAUGACCUAAAAAUUAUAAUUGUUAUUUGUCCUAUUUAACCUUUUUUCAGGCGGAAUGAAAGGAAUAAAAUUUUCCGAUUUACUUUAUCUUCCAUACUUACUCUCUCAUAGCCCUCGCUUUAUACUCUCCACCGUUGUGAAUUGAAGCUAUAUAUAGUUUAAAUAAUGUAAUGCUUUUUUUUUAUUUUUUAAAUGUAAAAAAGUUUUACUUUUUA